AUGUCUGAACGUGAUGAUCACAUUCAUGCGACUAAAAAGUUCAAACACAGUGAAUCCAAUGAGGAAUCAAAUGAAAGUCAUGACAGGCGCAAACAAGUUGAUGCACAUGUUCAAGCCUUCCUCAAGGCUGUGCUUGAUCAUGCUCAUGGUGGUACUGUCAAGCAAACAAACAAUCCAAACAAAAAAGAUAAAUCUGUGAUAAAAAAGGAUGCUUCCACUCAGACAGAAGAACAGAAUGACUUUGAAUCGUGUUCGUACAACCCAGAUCAGUCAGUUUCUGAAUAUCUGGGUUGCAACAAAAAUGAAAAAAGUAGUCGAGUUCCUAAUCGAGAAAUGUACAGCGAGGAAGUGCUAAAUUUACUGUCCCAACAAAAUUUUUAUUCUGAAGAAGCACAAAACGAUCUCUCUUUUAAUGACAACUCCACCCACUGCUAUUCCACUCAAUGUGAUACUGGUCUCUUAAAUCAUGGUGUUAGUAAUAAGAGUGCCCGCAUUUCUUCUAAUAAGAUCAAAAGAGCAAUAGACGAAUGGGUUAGAAAAUAUGAGGAUUGGUUUUUCCAAAACUUUGGAAUGGAUGUACGAACGGCUUCCCAUUCAUUGAAUCAAAACCUGAGAGUGAACUCAAACAAAGUUCAGAACAACACCCCCCUUGGUUUACACUCUAAUGUGACAGCUUUCAACUUCGGCGUUGGCCUACCAUUGUAUCCAAAUCAUACAUUUAUUCCUACCACCAUUAAUACAACCAUGCCUAAUGCAGUCGUUUCGUAUCCAUCGAAUUUCGCCAACCAGCUAGGUGCUUCUACAAUGUCAUUUCCACCAAACGUAACCAGCACCACUGCAACGUGCAAUACAACAAGCUUUCAUGUAGGUACAUCCUUUCCUAUACCUCCGACUAUUCAACACAAUCACUGCAUCACCUCCUUCGCAGAUCUGCCCAGUGAGUUACAAACAUCUGCAAUGCUUGCCACUUUAGCCCUUCCAGUUGCUGACAGUCAACAUAGCUUAGGUCAGUGGGGACCACAUUUGAAAUAUGGUACUUAUGGUCGGCUCCCAUCUCCCCUUGACCUAGAAGCUUUUAAUUCUCAUAGGCAGUCAUCUGAGUUCGGACAGAAUCAAACAAACCAAUUAUCCUAUUCAUCGCCUGAUUUGUCAAACAAAUCUCCCACUGCUCCUAAUAAAUCAGUCAAAAUGCCUCCUCCACCCCCCACCUUCAUUCUUUUAAGAAGGCAGCCAUGGUCUGUGCACUCCAGCUAUGUUGUCGGGAGCGUGGAAAAUCACCUAUCUUCUAUUUCAAAUACCGAAAAAGCAUAUGAUAUCAAACAAUUAAUUGCUUGUGAUCUUUUGAUUGGAGAUGUGUUAAUUGCAGAAUCACUUUCUGCGUCUAAAUCCCUCGCACAAAUCUGCACUGCGCGACAGGCCUUUCAGAUUUUAUCUCGACCUUGUUUCCUCGUCGGAUCUGUACGUCAGUGGGAGGAGGUGGAAUACUUGGUUUUAUGUUUAAGUCCGAAAGCUGAAAUAGUUCCUAAACUAUCUCCAUUUCUCAAGGAUCCUUUUGAAUCCGACUUCGAAAAAGAUGGUGAUUUUGAAGGUGGUGAGAGCAUCACCACAGUAUUCACCCCUAAACCAUUUGAUGAUAUGUGGAUUUACCUAGCGCAACUUUCAAAAGAAAAAUUACAUGAUCAGGUUCAUCUAGAGAGAAUCUUGGCCCAGUCUGCUGAAUUCAGUCAAAUGCUUAUCAGCUUUGAAUUUGAAGUGCAAACAACCACUGGUCAAAUUAUAUGCAAUACAUUAAUUGAUAAUCAGCGUUGUUUAAGCGUUGAAAGUCCAAAUCUUCAUGGUGCUCAGCAAUCGGCACUGAGUAGUCUGUUGAAUAAAUUAUGUGCUACUCAACCUGUGGUUGGUUUAAUAUUCUCACGGGAAGAAGAAUUCGAAGAUGACACUACUUCAUCUCUCUGGGGAAUUCCUGAAUACCUCAUGGUUGAAAAUCUCAUGUGGGGUAAAGAAGAACUGGAUUCACCUAUACAUUUUGAACAACUAGAAGCUCACUGUGAAAUUCCAACUCUAUCUCCAACACAUCUUAUUUGUGAUGGCUCAGAUACUGUUAACAAUCAUGAUGGAAUAAAUUGUACUAAUCGAUUCUCGUCGCCUAUCUUAAUAGAAAGCUAUCUUCAGGCGUAUGCUGCUUCAGCUUUAGUCUCACCGAUUUGCAUAUUUCCUACUGUCGUUCCCAACAAUCUCUGGCCAGUCGUACAACAACAUGCUAGGCGUUGGGGUUUGUUAAGUCGUGUGGAAGUAAAGCGUAAUCCAGACCCUUCCAGUUUUCUUAUCGUUUGUAAACGAGUCCCACUCUCUCGAUUAAAAAGAUCACUAUACGAUCAACAACAAUAUGGUUGCUUUUGUCUAAUCGAUAAAGGCAAUCUUACAACUGAAGCUUUAAAGCGUUUGUAUCAAGCUGAUCCACUUUGUUUUAGUGAGGAUGAUUCAAUAACACCAAACGAUAACAUUCAAUCAUCUGAUCAUAUGACUAACUUCAACUUAUCAUCUUCCUCACCACCAACGUAUUUCAGAACAUCGGACGAGUACAAUGAUGAACCAGUUACUCGUUACGCUCGUGAAUUCCUUUCUACACAUAAAACACGCAUCAAAACAGAAUCUAAUGAAGAUAAUUGUAAUCUAAUCAAUGAUGAUUGUGUACUUGUAACAGCAGAACUUAAUCAACCAUCAAAUGCUAUUGAAAUAUUAGAUGAUCUUCCUAAAACACUUAUACCGGGUAUAGAUUUUUAG